AUGAGCAAAAUAAUAUCCUCUCUUCCCAAUCAAUUUCAAAAUGAUGCACCAAGCAAGCCUCCUUCGGAACCAUCACCAUUUCGAAAGAAUAUUUGGGUGGUGUCUGGAGUGAUGAAGGCUUAUUUAAUUGCUUUUGAUUCUCUGAAGGGUGUUGUUAGGAAUAUUGUUCAUCAAUUUAAAGAAGCGAUGAAGAAGGAAGAAGAUCAUUUAGUAUACAAACGGGUAGACCAAAUGUUACGAAAGACAUCCGAUAAUCCAAAUUAUUAUUCAAUCACUCGAGCAAUUGAACAAAUUACCUUAUAUUCCAACCACGCGGAGGCUUUAUUUAAAUUCUUCUCAAGCGAGCUUAAAAUUCCUGUCGUUUAUGGGUUUCAACCUGUUUCACAAGCGACAAACUAUCCUAUUGAGCCAUCAACAAGAAUGGGAUGUGCAUUCCUCAACAACUUUAAAAUUCAUUGUGUUGAACAACCUGCUCUCAAUACUUUGAGAUCUUAUUUAAGCGUUAUUUUUACCAUGUUAUUUGGAGAUAGAAUUGUUGGACGAUAUUUUAACUCCAAUGCUGAACAGAAUGAUGAACAACUGAAUACUGAUAAGAGUAUAUCUACGCCCGACUAUUCAUCCCAACAAAUACAUACAUUUGGACUGUUAGGAAUUUCUUUGUUUUCAGAAGUAUCAGAAUCAAGACUUUUAAAGUCUAGAAAUAUUGUCUAUACCAAACAGUUUAAAUCUCUUUAUGAAUAUAUCAUCACUAAACGAAUGCUUUCGAAAAUCAAGAUGGACAAGAAUGAAAGAGUCACCAUUUUCAAACAAACCUUUUUAUUUGGCUCAAUAUGGGAAUUUUUUAGAAAAUACUUUUACAAAAACGACCCUUUGAAAAAUCAUGGCAUGUACAUAAUUCAAUAUCACCCAUACUUUGACCUGAUGGUAAAAUUAGUGGGUGAUAAACAUUUGAAAGUUGUGAGAAAGGACGAUUUAAAGAGAGGGAGCUCUUGGAAUUUAAAAUGUCUUCCAUUAGGAGUGUUAAAGAUCAAAACCUGUAAAGAAAUUGAAUUCCAUACUACUGCUAUUAGAGAAGACGUAGAUGGUCUUCUUACGUUUAUCAAAUUGUUUGGCUCUCAAUGUGUUGAAGUCAUUGAGCCCUAUCGUCACUACAUUUGGGAUUUCUCCAAACUGCCUCAUCCACCAAAUGCGCCUUCAUCUCCUAAUCUUAGAGUCAUUUGCAUAGACAGGAGUGAAAUGUGUGAAAUGAAUCGAGUGUAUGGCAUCAGCCGGCUCGUGUUCGAGGUGGAAUCGUUGGACCAUUGUCAAUAUCAGCUGCAAUCAAAAGGAAUUCCUUUCAGACUGGAAUCCGCAAGUAUUAUCAUUCUUCAUCCUCUUCUUCAAAAUAUUCAAAUAAAUUUGGUGGAAUAG